AUGGAGGGAGAUGCGGUUGAUUAUGGCUAUAUGAUGUUGGGCAAGCGUCCAAGGCCUUCGAUGAGGAGAAUGACGAACAUGACCGCAAUCAGAAUUGAUAUGGGUGACGUGGAGCCGCCGUCUCUGUUAGAUCCUCAGAAUACGAUAAUCAGUGAUGUGAAGAAAGUGGAGGGACCAAAUGAACAUAUUAUGGAGGGCCCAAGUUGGUACUAUCACCGUUCGAUGGCCAUCUUGUCACCUAGAUGCCACAUGAGGGGUUCAGGCAAUUCCUCCAUGGAAAUGGCUCAUUUCUUGAGGACAUGUGGCCUCUGCAAAUGUUGUUUGGCUCCUAGUUGUGACAUUUACUCAAUGAAAAUCAAGCUGGUGGACCAGUGCUUCCCAAACAAGAACCUGGUGCCCAAGGAAAUAUUUCGUCACCAGAAUAGAAUCCUUCAGCAGCGGCAACCAUGA